AUGAAUUUCACCGAGGCAGAUAGCAAAGCCAUCAACACCAUCCGUGUCCUUGCCGCCGAUAUCGUCUUCAAGGGCAACUCUGGCCACCCUGGUGCACCUAUGGGUUGUGCCCCCUUGGCACACUUGUUGUUUUCGCGUUACAUGAACUACAACCCCAAGAACCCCAAGUGGGCUAAUCGCGAUCGAUUCGUCUUGUCGAACGGACAUGCAUGUGCCCUGCAGUACAUCCUCCUCCACUUGACCGGCUACCCCACUACGAUGGAGGACUUGAAGCAGUUCCGUCAGUUGAACAGCAAGACCCCUGGCCACCCAGAGUCACAUAUUACCACUGGCAUUGAGGUCACUACUGGCCCUCUUGGUCAAGGUUUCGCCAACGCGGUUGGCCUUGCCAUUGCCGAGGCUCACAUGGCUGCCACCUUCAACAAGCCCGGCUUCGAGAUCUUUAACAACUACACCUUCAUGAUCGCCGGUGACGGAUGCUUGCAGGAGGGUGUCGCCAGUGAGGCUGCCUCUCUCGCCGGACACUUGAAGUUGGGAAAGUUGGUUGCGUUCUACGAUGAUAACCACAUCUCGAUCGAUGGUGAUACCCAGGUCUCGUUCACCGAGGAUGUCGCCAAGAGAUUCGAGGCCUACGGCUGGCACGUCAUUAUCGUCAAGGACGGAAACCACGAUCUUGAGGCGAUUGCCCGUGCCAUUGAGGAGGCCAAGAAGGUCACCGACAAGCCCUCGUUAAUCAAGGUUUUCACCACCAUUGGAUUCGGAUCCCUCAACCAGGGUACCGAGAAGGUCCACGGAUCACCCCUCAAGGCCGACGACAUUGUCCAGCUCAAGAAGGCCUUUGGCUUCAACCCCGAGGAGCACUUUGUUGUCCCCAAGACCACCUAUGAUCUCUACCAUGCCAAGGCCGAGAAGGGAGCCAAGGUCAACCACGAGUGGGAUGCCCUCCUUGAAAAGUACACUGGUGCCCACCCUGAGCUCGCUGCUCAGUUGAAGCGACGUCUUGCCAAGAAGUUGCCCGAGGGUUGGGCCAAGGAGCUCCCUCGCUUCACGCCUGCGGACAAGGCGACUGCGACCCGCAAGCUGUCGGAGGCAGUGUUGAACAAGAUUGCAGAUAUUUUGCCCGAGUUGAUUGUAGGAUCGGCUGAUUUGACAGGAUCGAACUUGACUCGAUGGAAGAAUGCUGUUGACUUCCAGCCCAAUGAUUCGGGUAUUGGCAACUACGCUGGUCGGUAUAUCCGCUAUGGUGUCCGCGAGCACGGAAUGUCUGCAACCAUGAACGGUAUCGAUGCCUACGGUGGCUUGAUCCCCGCCGGUGCCACCUUCCUCAACUUUAUCUCUUAUGCCUCCGGUGCUGUCCGCCUGUCCGCUCUAACCGGCCACCGCAUCAUCUACAUCAUGACCCACGACUCCAUCGGUCUGGGUGAGGAUGGUCCUACUCAUCAGCCUAUCGAGACAAUGGCCACGAUCCGCGCAACCCCUAACUUGAUCGACUUCCGCCCUGCCGACGGUAACGAGACCUCAGGAGCUUACCUUUAUGCCAUCGAGUCCAAGAACCGCCCCUCUGUCUUGGCCCUGACCCGUCAGGAUUUGCCCCAGUUGGAGGGAACGUCGAUUGAGAAGACCCUCAAGGGCGGAUAUGUUCUCCAGGAGGUCCAGGGAGCCGAUGUCACCCUAGUCGCCACAGGAUCCGAGGUCUCGCUCAUUGUCGACGCUGCCAAGUUGUUGAAGGAGCAGGGCAUCAAGGCGCGUAUUGUCUCGAUGCCCUCGACCAAGCUCUUUGACGAGCAGUCUCAUGACUACAGAGCCUCGGUCUUGAUUGAUGGCGUUCCUUCUGUCUCUGUCGAGGCGCUGGCAACAUUUGGAUGGGACCGCUAUGCACACGAGUCGAUUGGUAUUGACACCUUCGGAUCGUCGGGCCCUUACAAGGAUGUCUAUAAGUAUUUCGGACUUGUCCCCGAUGUUAUUGCAGGCAAGGUCCAGAAGGUUGUUGCCUUCUACAAGAAGGAAGGUUCCGUUCCCUCCCUCGUCCGCAAGUACUUCCACUAA